AUGCCCACCCCACUCACCGUCCACGGGCUGCCCGCCUCCGAAAUCCACACUGCCAUCAAGAAGCUCACCCACAACCUCGUCAAUAUCAACGACAAGACGGGCCACUUCCUGCUGCGCCUACCUGACGGACGCGUCAUCGACACAAAAGGCUGGAAUGACUGGGAGUGGACACACGGUAUCGGCCUGUACGGCCUGUACCAGUACUACACCCUCACCAACUCGCAGGAAACUCUCUCCAUAAUCAAGUCGUGGUACGAGGGCCGCCUGGCCGAGGGCACGACCAAGAACAUCAACACCAUGUCCGUCUUCCUGGCGCUGGCCUACCUGUACGAGGACCCGCGGCUGCGCGACGACACCUGGCGGCCGUGGCUGGAGAGCUGGGCCGAGUGGGCCAUGCACGAGCUGCCGCGCACCCCCUUCGGCGGCUUCCAGCACAUCACCUACCUGGAGGAGAACAAGGACCAGCUGUGGGACGACACGCUGAUGAUGACCGUCAUGCCGCUGGCCAAGAUCGGCCUGGUGCUGGGCCGCCCCGAGUACAUCGAGGAGGCCAAGCGCCAGUUCCUCGUGCACAUGCAGUUCCUGUUCGACAAGGACACCGGCCUCUUCUUCCACGGCUGGCAGUUCGAAAAGGGCCCCAACGGCGGCCUGGGCCACAACUUCGCCCGCGCCCGCUGGGCCCGCGGCAACUCGUGGGUCACCAUCGUCAUCCCGGACUUCAUCGAGCUGCUCGACCUCAAGCCCGGCGACCCCACCCGCGAGUACCUGAUCGACAUCUUCCGCGCCCAGGUCGAUGCCCUCAAGGCCCUUCAGACCCCUGAGGGCCUGUGGCGCACCCUGCUCGACGAACCCGAGUCGGCCGGCAGCUACAUCGAGUCGUCCGCCACCGCCGGCUUCGCCUACGGCAUCCUCAAGGCCGUGCGCAAGCACUACAUUCCCAGGGAAGGUUACGAGGAUGUCGCCCUCCGCGCCACCAAGGCUGUACUGGGCAAGAUCAGCGACGACGGCGAGCUGCUCAACACCAGCUUCGGCACCGGCAUGGGCAGGGAUUACAAGCACUACUACGACAUCGAGUGCACCAGCAUGCCCUACGGCCAGGCCAUGGCCAUCAUGACCCUCGUCGAGUUUUUGAGGUUAUACGUUUAA